AUGAGGUGUACUGCAGUUGUGCUGUGUUGUACUUUGCUACUUAUACAGCUGAAGAUGACCAGUUCACAAACUGAAGAUGAUUCAACCAAAGAAGACUGCUCGGACCUGGACUCAUGUGAUCGUUGCACAAGUGGAGACCCUGAGCUCAAUCUGACACGCUGUGUAUGGAGAAACUGUGACAAUGAUAAUAACACAGGGUGCAUAUCUGACAUGGACGAAGCUGGAGGCUGUGUAGUAUUCAAUGAGAAAGAUUCAUGUCCAGUGAUUCAGGCUGAAGAUGACACUCCCAAGGAUGAAGACGACACUCCUAAGGCUGGGGGUUUUAGCAUGGCCAGCUUCAUAGGUGGAAUCAUAUUGGUGCUGGUGCUCCAAGCAGGUGCUUUUUUUGCCAUGCGCUUCCUGAAGACCAAAGACAGCUCCUAUGAGACUAUGUAA